AGGACUCCCACACAGCCAGGUGAACACCAGGACUCCCACACAGCCAGGUGAACACCAGGACUCCCACACAGCCACGUGAACACCAGGACUCCCACACAGCCAGGUGAACACCAGGACUCCCACACAGCCAGGUGAACACCAGGACUCCCACACAGCCAGGUGAACACCAGGACUCCCACACAGCCAGGUGAACACCAGGACUCCCACACAGCCAGGUGAACACCAGGACUCCCACACAGCCAGGUGAACACCAGGACUCCCACACAGCCAGGUGAACACCAGGACUCCCACACAGCCAGGUGAACACCAGGACUCCCACACAGCCAGGUGAACACCAGGACUCCCACACAGGGGGACGCCCACAUUCCCACAGUCACCACUCGGUGGCAUUAUAACAAGGGAAUACACAGGAAUAGACAGGAACUGAGUGUAACUCCUGAACGCUACAUGUAAAUUGGACAAAACGUCAGGAGCUAUGAUUCUCAGGAGAAGUGUCUACUGGCUGCCCGUGUUAUUUCUGUGCGUUUCUGCUGCGGCUCAAGAUGGAGAGGUGGAGGACGAGACCAUGUUCGACCUGUUCGAGGUGAGCCACAUCACGCGCAAGACCCUGGGCGCCAAGCUCUUCCGCGGCCAGGACCCCGACUCCCCGGCGUACCGCUUCAUCCGCUUCGACCACCUGCCCCCCGUCCAGGCGGCGGUGCUGAAGCAGAUCCUCCGCCAGGUCCAGAACAACGAGGGCUUCGUGUUCGCGGCGACCAUGCGCCAGGACCGCGGCUCGAGGGGCACCAUGGUGGCCCUGGAGGGCCCCGGCAACAAGCGGCAGUUCGAGAUCGUGUCCAACGGCCGCGCCAACACCCUGGACCUGGUCUACUGGACGGCGGGCUCGCAGAACGUGGUGUCCUUCGAGGAGGUGGACCUGUCGGACUCGCAGUGGAAGAACAUCACGCUGCACGUGCACGGCGAGAACGCCAACCUGUACGUGGGCUGCGGGCUGAUCGACAGCUUCAUCCUGGACGAGCCCUUCUACGAGCACCUCCGGGCCGAGGGCAGCCGCAUGUUCGUGGCCCGCGGGUCCACCCGGGAGAACCACUUCAGGGGCAUGUUACAGAACGUGCGCUUCAUCUUCGACACGACCGUGGACGAUAUCCUGAGGAACAAAGGUUGCGAGAUCAGCAAGCCAGAGCAAGUGAACGCCGUGAGCGAGACCACGGAGAUAGUGGACGCCAGUGCCGCCAUCACCACAAACUUCAUCGGGCAGAAGACGGCCAAGCCCAGCCCGGACGUGUGUGAGCGGUCCUGUGAGGAGGUCACCGGGCUGUUCCAGGAGCUGAAGGGCCUCCGCAUCGUCGUGGGCAACCUCAUCGACGGCCUGCAGAAAGUGAACGAGGAGAACACAGCGAUGAAGGAGGCUCUUAAGAGGAUGAAGAACUCGAAGGAGAAGCACAUGUGUUGGCAGGACGGCCGGCUGUUUGAAGACAAGGAGGACUGGACUGUGGACAGCUGCACAAAGUGUACCUGCCAGGAGUCGAAGAUCGCGUGCCACCAGAUCACGUGUCCCGCUGUGUCGUGUGCCAGCCCCUCCUUCAUCGAGGGCGAGUGCUGCCCCGCCUGUCUGCCGAUGGACAGUGAGGACGGCUGGUCCCCCUGGUCAGAGUGGACUGAAUGCACGGUCACCUGCGGCACGGGGACGCAGCAGAGAGGCAGGUCAUGUGACGCCACCAGCAACCCCUGCGGCGGGCCCUCCAUCCAGACCCGCAAGUGCAGUCUGGGAAAGUGCGACAGCCGCGUUCGCCAGGACGGAGGGUGGAGUUUGUGGUCCCCGUGGUCCUCCUGCUCGGUGACGUGCGGGGAGGGUCAGAUCACCCGAAUUCGACACUGCAACGCCCCCGUCCCGCAGCUGGGUGGCAAGGACUGCCAGGGCAACGGCCGAGAGACCCAACGCUGUGAGGCCAAGCCCUGUCCCAUCGAUGGAAGCUGGGGUCCCUGGUCGCCGUGGGCAACCUGCUCGGUAACCUGCGGGGGCGGCGUGAGGGGGCGCAGUCGAGUGUGCAACAGCCCCCGGCCCCAGUACGGAGGGAAGAGGUGCAGCGGGGAGCCCAAAUCCACCGACAUCUGCAACAAGCAGGACUGUCCCGUGGACGGCUGCCUCUCCAACCCCUGCUUCGGGGGGUCGACAUGCACCAGCGCUCCCGACGGGUCCUGGGAGUGCGGGCCCUGCCCCGUGGGUUUCCGUGGCAACGGCAGUUUCUGCGAGGACAUGAACGAGUGUGACAUGGUCUCAGAUGUGUGCUUCAAGGUGAACGGGUUCCAGCGGUGCAUCAACACCAACCCCGGCUUCCACUGCCUGCCCUGCCCGCCCCGCUACAAAGGCAACCAGCCCUUCGGCAUGGGCGUGCAGGCCGCCAAAAAGAACAAACAGGUUUGCGAGCCAGAGAACCCCUGUAAAGACAAAACCCACAGCUGCAACAAGCACGCCGAGUGCAUCUACCUCAGCCACUUCAGCGACCCCAUGUACAAGUGUGAGUGCAAGAUCGGCUACGCCGGCGACGGCCUCAUCUGCGGGGAGGACCCGGACCUGGACGGCUGGCCCAAUCAGAACCUGCCCUGCACCUCCAACGGAACCGUUCACUGCAAGAAGGACAACUGUCCCAACCUUCCAAACUCCGGGCAGGAAGAUUUCGACAAGGACGGACAAGGCGAUGCCUGUGACAAGGACGACGACAACGACGGAAUUGAGGAUGAAAGGGACAACUGCGCCCUGCUGUACAACCCUCGUCAGUUUGACUACGACAAGGACGACGUGGGCGACCGUUGUGACAACUGCCCGUACGAACACAACCCUGCCCAGAUCGACACGGACCACAACGGCGAGGGCGAUGCCUGUGCGGUCGAUAUCGACGGCGAUGAAAUUCUCAACGAGGAAGAUAACUGCCCCUACGUGUACAACACUGACCAGAAGGACACUGACCUGGACGGGGUGGGCGACCAGUGCGACAACUGCCCUCUGAUGCACAACCCUGACCAGACCGACACCGACAACGACCUGGUGGGAGACCAGUGCGACAACAACCAGGACAUCGACGAGGACGGCCACCAGAACAACCAGGACAACUGCCCCUACAUCCCCAACGCCAACCAGGCGGACCACGACAAGGACGGCAAAGGAGACGCCUGUGACUACGACGACGACAACGACGGCAUCCCCGACGACAAGGACAACUGCCGGCUCGUCCCCAACAGAGACCAGCGGGACUCUGACGGAGACGGCAGGGGAGAUGCCUGCAAGGACGACUUCGACAACGACAACAUUCCCGACAUCUUCGACGUCUGCCCCGAGAACAACGAGAUCAGCGUCACCGACUUCAGGAAGUUCCAGAUGGUGCACCUGGACCCCAAGGGCACGGCCCAGAUCGAUCCCAACUGGGUGGUCCGGCACCAGGGCAAGGAGCUGGUGCAGACCGCCAACUCUGACCCAGGCAUCGCAGUGGGUUUCGAUGAGUUCAACGCCGUGGACUUCAGCGGCACGUUCUACGUGAACACGGACCGGGACGACGACUACGCGGGCUUCGUGUUCGGCUACCAGUCCAGCGGCCGCUUCUACGCGGUGAUGUGGAAGCAGAUCACCCAGACCUACUGGGAGGACAAGCCCUCCAAGGCCUUCGGCAUCUCCGGCGUCUCGCUCAAAGUGGUCAACUCCACCACGGGCACCGGCGAACACCUGAGGAACGCGCUGUGGCACACGGGCAACACCCCAGGACAGGUCCGCACCUUGUGGCACGACCCCAAGAACAUCGGCUGGAAGGAUUACACCGCCUACAGGUGGCACCUGAUCCACAGACCAAAGACCGGCUUCAUUAGGGUGGUGGUUUACGAAGGAAAGGCCAUCAUGGCCGACUCGGGUCCCAUCUACGACACAACCUUCGCCGGCGGGCGGCUAGGGCUGUUCGUCUUCUCCCAAGAGCUCGUCUUCUUCUCCGAUCUCAAAUACGAGUGCAGAGAUAAUCCGGAUCUUCCCUCUAUGUUCAAAAGAUAACUGAGCUGCAUUUGAUUUUGGAACGGAUGCAGUGCUGCAUAGGCUCACCUCAAUCACUUCCUGGUCAUCGAGCCCUUCCCCUUUGCUGGCUCAACCAAUCAGAUGGAGCGUCACAACCUCAGGGCCCAAUCCAUGCUCUCUGCUCUACCAAUCAGAAACCAAUCAGAGGGAAGAACCAUUUUUGCCUCAUGUGUUUGACACACCCUUAAACAUUAAAUGUAGUAUUUUUUUUUUUAGAUAUGCACCAAAUUUUGGUUGGGGGGGAUCAUGCAAAACAUGUACAUUGUCAUUGUUUUAAAGAGAUCAUUAGAAGUACAACCACUUUUGCAGUUUUUUUUUGUACUGUUAAUUUUUAUUUUAUUUUAUCCGCAUCACCUUCAUUCACUCCUGUUAUAAGAACAUCUUGUGACCAGGUACAAGAGUUGACAAAUAUUAGUUCACAACAUUAUUUAGAAGCUUUUGGUCUGUAAAUCUAAGAAGGCAAAGCUGAGGUAACGUCUCUCCACCUCACAAACAGCUUGGUGAAAUCCACAUUCAGUGGCUUUGCUUUCCCUAUCUCUCCACACAGCAGCAUCGAUCUUAAUUGCACAAAUAGCUUUUUAUCAUUACCACAUUGUUUCCUGCCAUCUUGAAUAUGUGCCUUUUUAAAGGUUAGUUUGUUGUGUGUUUUAGUUGGUUUCUAUACCCAAAGAGGGAUCCUUUUCAAGCAAGUGUUUUUUUUUAAAAAGAGUAUUAUUGCCAGGAGGAUGAAGAUGUUUAUAUUUAGAGUGUAUUAUAAUUUCUUCUGUAAAUUAUUUAUGUUUUUCUUCCAACAUUAAAAAUGAUUUGUUGAUUUUUUUUUUUAAUAGGUUUUUUUCUUUUUUGUUGUUGUUGCUGCCAGAUUGUAAAUACUUAUUUAUUUGUUCACACUGACGAAAUUUCACAAUUGAAGUGCAAACAACUAAAACAUUUUCCAAACAUCAAGACCAAAUACACUUUAAAGACAUUUUUCGUUGGGAAUGCUACUUUGCGCAUUGCUUGAUCAAUAUAUUCGCCUGAUAAGCAUUACAUUACAGCUGUGCCACCUUUAUCCUUAGAACCUGCAAGACAAAAACAAAACUACUUUACGGUUUAUUUUUGCGCGGUUGGAAGCAGACUGUGACUGCACCAAAAUGCCAGGUCUAUAGCGAGUGCUACAUCAACACUGUGACUUUAAGAAUGUUCGCUGCAGAAAUGUUAAGUGUAAAAGCUGUGCUGAUUUCAUUGGCCAGUGGUCAUAUAUCAUUGAGGCAGAGCAUUGUGGGACGGAGAAAGUGUCAGAUGGGAUGCAGCCAUAACAUUUUAAUGCGAGUAAAUAUUGAACCAAUGUCAAGAGCCCAUUUUGAUGGAGCAGACAGAUGUUCGUUUGUAUUUUUACCUUGCCAGAAAUUAAACCCUGUGCAGUAAUUAAAAGCAUUGUAACUUUAGAGGUACCUCUCCUGAAUAGGCUGAAUCAUAUGGAUCAAGACAUUGGCAAUGUAAACUAGACUGGUUUUGUUAUGUAUAGCAUUAUUGUUUAAUAGCUAGCAUAUUAUAUUUUGUGUUUUGUAUGAUAUUUUGUGAUGCACAAAUGUAAAUUCUUUCUGAUAUCCUUGUUUGAUAUACAUUUUUAAAACAAAUGUGCAAGUGUUAAGAGAUUAUCUUGUUUCAUAAAUAAAUAUUUUAUAUGUCAUUCUAA